AGCGAGGUUGCCAUUGGCGGAAACAGCAUCUCGUCCCGCGCGAACCAAUUAGUCCAGUUUUUCUCGUUCUGCCAAGCUUCAACAAUGGCCGCGUUCAGUAGAACAAAGUGAUCAGUGAACGCUUAUAGCGUUUUUCAUUGGGAAAAUGAGUGCGCACUCAAUGCGCACUAGUCGUGGACGAUGUGGUUCAUUGGGAAUUUCAGUGCACAUUAAAAUCAUGCGUCGUGUUUCAAUGGAAAAUGUAGUGUCGAGUUUUUGCACUUUCGUGCACAAAUUCGGCACGAGCUCGGAGAGAUGGUGUCGGUUGAGUGCAAAACAUGGCGGCGCAGAACAGAGAUGUUUUGAAUGAACAAACGUAUGUGAUAAUUUGGGAUUUCCUUUCAUCUUCAUCCAGCAGUGAUGAAGAUGAGUAUUUUCUUCGAAAUCCGAGGCGAAUUGUUCCUAAAAUGAAAAACUUUUUGCAAAUAGUACAUCAAUAUUCCGAUCACGACUUCAAAUCCCAGUUUCGAGGGCAACAGCAUAUGAUAUUAUAAAUAAUUUCGAAAAUUCGAUGCUCUAUUCUGGUGAUACAAGCCACGGAGGUAUUAAACCGUCCUCUGCUGAAUCACAUGUUUUAUCUUUUUUGUGGUUUGCAGGAAAUAAAGUGUGCUUAAGAGAUGUUGCACAAAGAUUUGGAGUAUGCGCUACAACGAUUUUUCGACAAAAUAAAAAAAUGAUGGAUUUUCUAUGCGAUAUAGCUGGAAACAUCAUCAAAUUUUCUGACAAAGAAAAUACUGCAAACGAAUUCCUUCAAAUUGCAGGAUUUCCGAAAGUUCUUGGCUGCAUUGAUGGGACUUUCAUUAAAGUCCGAACGCCAGCCCACAAAAUAAAAUCGACAUAUGUAAAUAGACAUGACAUCCCUUCGAUAACAUUGCAGGGCAUAUGUGAUGCUCGAAAGAGAUUUAUAGAUACAUUUACAGGAAUCCCGUCGAAAAUUCACGAUGCGCGCGUACUCAAAUUAUCAGAUAUAUGCGACGAGUUGCUAGGAAUAUGUGAAGGCGGAAAAUAUCACAUUCUAGGCGAUGGAGCGUAUCCAAUAAGAGAAUGGCUUAUUAUACCAUUUAAAGACUACGGAAAUCUAUCUGCAAAGGAUAAACAAUUUAAUAAAAUGCUGUCUGCGACUCGAGUAUUGAUCGAGAAUGCGUUUGGACUGUUGAAAGGUCGUUUUCGACAAUUAAUCGAAGUAGAUCUACAUACUAUUGAUAAAAUAUCAAAAUUUAUUACAUCAUGUUGCGUUUUGCAUAACUUAUGCAUAGACAACAACGAUAACUUUGAUGUCGAUAUUGUUAUAGAAAACAAUGAAGAUUAUAAUAAUGAAGGCAGAGGUCAACAAGAAGCUCUAUUACGAAGAUUAGGGGAAGUAAAAAGAAACCAAUUGACGAAUGUACUUUUUCCAUGAAAUAAAAAUUAAUACAAUAUGAAA